UUAUAUAGACCCAAUGGCACUACGAUUUUAUAACUAAGACGAACAUACAAAAGAGUACAAUAGCUAUUGAAAAGAGUUUGCGCAAGAAAUCUAAUUAAAAAACAAAAAUGUCUUUGCUGUCGCUCCUCCUCUUGGGCAUGUUCCUAAGUUCUGCCCAUGCUACCAACUAUGACAUUCUCAAUCAAUGCAACUACACCGUGUGGGCAGCCGCUUCACCUGGCGGCGGCCGGCGUCUGGACCCGGGCCAGAGUUGGUCCCUCACCAUGAACCCUGACACAACUACGGCCCGCAUUUGGGGUCGCACCAAUUGCAGCUUUGAUGCCAAUGGCCAGGGUCGCUGUGAGACCGGGGACUGCACUGGGGGAUUGAACUGCCAGGGCUGGGGCACGCCACCCAACACCCUCGUGGAGUUUUUGCUGAGCCAGCCAAGCAGCCAAGACUUCUUUGACAUAUCUCUGGUCGACGGGUUCAACAUCCCGGUGGAUCUCAAGCCCGCUACAAAUGUGUGUCGUGGAAUCCAGUGCUCCGCAGAUAUCAAUGGCCAGUGCCCUGCGGAGUUAAGGGCUCCCGGUGGCUGCAACAACCCAUGCACCGUCUUCAAGACGAACGAGUACUGCUGCACUAAUGGGCAGGGAAGCUGUGGCCCGACCACUUUCUCCAAGUUCUUCAAGGACAGGUGCCCCGAUGCUUACAGCUACCCGCAGGAUGAUUCGACCAGCACGUUGAAAUGCCCUAGUGGCACGAACUAUAGGGUUACCUUUUGCCCGUAAACCAGAAAAAUUCUACGUUCCUCUUUCAAAUCUCUUAGGUGUUCGGUUGUGGGAGUAGAGAUUGGAUUUUUAUACUAUAAUAAUGAUGAUGAUGAUGUAUGAAAUAAAGCACCGGAUACUAGUGUACCAGUUCCGGAUCGAGGUACGUGCCAUAUUUUACUGCAUGUAUGAAAGAUAUGGGCUAAUUUCUGAUGCAAUAAUAAUUAAUCUUUAAUCUCUCUCCA